AUGCCAUCUCAAGACAUACCCAUCCUAGACACACACAUCCACCUCUGGCCCUCAACCGCAACAUCAGCCUCCAACCACGGCUGGAUGACCCCCGGCCACCACCUCUCCAAACGGCACGGCAUCUCAGACUACCUAGCCAUUACAUCGCCCCAACCCGCGGGCUUCAUAUACGUAGAAACGGAUCGGUAUCUUCCCUCCGCGGAGCCCAGUAUCGCGGAUUCCGAUAGUAAUGAGGAAGUGAAGGAGAAGUUGAGGGCGUGGGCGAAAGAGCCGUUGGAGGAAGUUAAGUUCCUGAGGAGGAUAGUGGAGGGGAGGCCGGAUGAGGGUGAUGGGUUUAGUCCUGAGGAAAGUGGGAAGAUGAAGGGGUGUGUGGUGUAUGCGCCUUUUCAUCUUUCGCCAAGGGUGUUCAAUGUCUAUCUCGAUCUCGUUAAAGAAGCUGCUGGUCCUGCGCUCUGGAAAUGCAUCAAAGGGUGGAGGUACCUGUUACAAGGGAAGGGGCAGGGUGUUGUUGAGCAGAUGCUUGCGGAGAAUGAGGAGGCGUGGGUGAGCAAUUUGCUUGGAUUGAAGGGGCUGGGGGAGGGGUGUCAGGCGUGGUGUUUUGACGUAGGCGUUGAUAACCAUAGGGAUGGGACGGGGCCUAUGGAGGCGGUGGGGGAGUUAAUAAGGGCUGUUAGAGCGAGGGAGGACGAGGACGAAGGAGGGGAUAGGGAGGACCACCUCGCCAAACCCCCCCUCUCACCCACUUCCCCCGCCCCCUCCCCUAUCUGGCUGCAAACCAUGUCAUCCCUCUCAUCCAACACCAACGUCUACAUGAAGUUCUCAGGCGCCUUCAACGAGUUUACCGUCUCACCCACGCCAGACGACGUCCCCAGUAUCCUAACCGCCUUAUCCCCUUUCCUAGACCACGUGUUCGAGUGCUUCCCAGGCAGAGUCAUGUUCGGGAGUGACUGGCCGGUGUGUAAUGUGGGUGGGCCUGCGGGGGAGGAAGGGAGCUGGAAGCUGUGGAGGAGCGUUGUGGAAGCGUGGAUGGAAGGGAAGGGGUUGGGCGAGGGCGAGAAGAAGAGGGUUUGGAGGGGCGCGGGAGAGGAGGCUUAUGGGGUGGUGUUGUAG